UAGCGUCUGACAAAAUCACGUGAAAAUCAUGUGACAUACCUGUCGCUGUCCUAGACUAGUUAAUUGAUAGGUAUCUUCAGUAAAGCAAACACCCAUGGAAUAUUGUAUAGGUCUUUGAGUUAAGAAAGCAUGGACUGUUAUAAAAUCGUUGCAGUUUUUGUCGUUUUUACUGGGGCAAUUAUAGCUGCAGAGCCCUUAAAGUUCAAGCCCCACAGGUCUGAGCCAAAGCAGGAAUGGAGCUAUGUGGAUGUAAGAACGGGUGCGCACAUGUUCUACUGGCUCUACUAUACAACAGCCCCUGCUGGCUUCCAACAGACCCCUUUGAUCAUGUGGCUUCAGGGAGGCCCUGGUGGUUCGGGGACUGGGUUUGGGAACUUUGAAGAGAUUGGUCCCAUUGAUGUAGACCAGAGCCCCAGAAAUACAACAUGGCUGCAGGCAGCUAGUUUGUUGUUUGUUGACAACCCAGUAGGUACAGGGUUCAGCUAUGUGGAUGGCAAGGAGUACUACACGCAUGAUGUGGCUGGCAUAGCCACGGACAUGCUGGUCCUACUGCACGAGUUCUUCAUGGUGAAGUCCCCCCAGUUCCAGGAAGUCCCAUUCUACAUAUUCUCUGAGUCGUAUGGCGGGAAAAUGACAGCUGCUAUAAGUCAAGCGCUCUACAAGAGCAUGAAGGCUGGUGAGAUCUCCUGCAACUUCAAGGGCCUUGCCAUGGGCGACUCCUGGAUCUCCCCUAUAGACUCCACACAGACCUGGGCUCCAUAUUGCUAUACAAAUUCUCUGGUGGAUCUCAGUGGUUAUCUAGCAAUCAAUGACUCAGUGAAGCGUGUGGCCAGCAGUAUCAAUGCAGGGAAAUGGAGUGAUGCGACAGACGCGUGGGGGUCCACCCAGACAGUGGUGGAUCUGCAGACCAACGGGGUCAACUUCUACAACAUCCUGAAGUGGGACCAGGAGGAGACCUCUAGACUCUACCAAGGAAACAGCCUUUGUGACAGAAUGCUUGCACCAUACCACUCAGAAAGUUUAGAUGAUUUUAUGAACAAAGAAAUCAGACAGAAACUUGGCAUUAUACCUAAAAAUGUCAGAUGGGGAGGACAGUCUAGUGAAGUAUUUGCAACACAGAGUGUAGAUUUUAUGAAACCUGUUGUUGAUAUCGUGGAUGACCUCAUUCAGAACACAGAUCUCAAAGUUGUUGUGUACACUGGACAGCUUGACCUAAUUGUCGAUACCAUAGGCACAGAGCAGUGGGUUCACACAUUGACCAUAGCUGACCAAUACAAGCUGGCCUCCCGUACACCCAUACUGGACCCCUUCACAAAACUGACCUCUGGAUAUGUCAAGACCUACAACAACUUCUCCUUUUACUGGAUACUUGAUGCAGGUCACAUGGUUCCUUCAGACAAUGGAAACAUAGCUUUGAAGAUGGUUCAAAUGGUGACUGACUCCAAAAAGUAAUGUACCACACAUUUUCAGUGCUGUGAUCCUGCAGGUUGGGCUUCUUCAAGUGUAUAAGUGCAAUUUUACAACCUGCUAAUUAGUUUUUAAUCUAAACAUCUGCAUUUUAAUUUAUCACCAAAACAUGUUAACAUGAUGUUAACUGAUUUUGUUUCCUGUCCCUAAAACUGUGGAUGUAUUACUGGUUACAUGUCAAGGAGGUAAAAUCACUAGUAAACAAGUUCUGUUAUUGCAUUGUUAAAUAAAUGCAUCCAUAAAUUUGUUCAAUAUAAACUACUUGAAUAUUCGAAUUUGUUUCUUAAUUAAUGGCUUUCAACAAGCCAAAUGGCUGUUUAAAACAUCAUACUAUUGAUUAUUUGUUAAUCUUUUUAUUUACAUGGAAAGGAUAGCUGUUUAUCUUCAAAAGAUCAAAUACAUAUUUGGCAUUACUUGAAUGGAUACUUGACCCUUGUUGUGAUUCAUUACUAUUCCAUGUCAGAUUUAAUGUAUGGAUUACUAUGUAACACUAAAGUUAUUUUAGUACCAAGGACGUUAUCUUAUACUUUUCACAAUUGUUUGACAACUGCAUACACAUUGUGAUCGUGGUUGCACCGUCUAUUGAUUAGACUCGUACAAACUGCAUUGUGUCGUGCAACAUAUGACAAUGGUUGUAGCGAUAUUUACUGCCUCAUCCCUCUGUCUUUCUGUCGAUACUUAAUUAAAAUACUGUUUGAUGCCUUGACAAACAUAAAUAAUAAUUUAAGAUACAAAAUUUCUGUAUAUUUAUUGCUGAGGCAUUAUUUUGUCCUUUUUCGUACAAAUAUGCAUCAAAAUGCACUCAAUUACACGAAAUUUGAUGCCUUUUUUACUUGGUCUAUAAAAUGUUACAGUCUCUUAGAUUUUUAAUAUAAGGCCAUAAUGUCUCUAAGGUUGUAUGCAAUGUGAUGAUACGAUAUAAUCUAUGCAUGGUAGUACAAAUAAAAUCACAUUCAUAACACGUUCAGUUAAAUAACGCCGUUGAAUAUUUACGUACUCGUAUAAAGUAAUACAUUUGAAUGUUAAAACUAUGAUUGUUUGUCACCAACAGUUUGAUUACUUUAAUUAAAGAUGUUAGCAAUAUUUUGUAAUUAUUUUUAAAUAUUCAUAAAAAGCAUUCCUAUACACGUUGAUGUAUGCUUUGUACAUGCAAAUGGGCCCUUAACAUAAAUUGCGUUGUGAAAAUGUCUGUAAUAAACGAAAAUGUGGUUGUUUCAUUUUUAUUUUCUGAAGCAUGGAUAUUGUUAAGUAAUAAAUAAAAUAUUUAUGCUAUGAUAAA